AUCUCCAUCUCACCUUGUGUUCUAAGAUAAUAUAUUCUUGGCAUCACUCACACAAUAUCGUAUUCAUAGCAUAUGUAACUGUGAAAAAGAUGGCACCAGCAGCAACGACCCUUGUAGGCGAGACAUCGGGCAAUGCCCAAGUCGCAGCACUGGGCAAAACUGUCUCGGGAAAGAAAUUAAAGAUCAGAUCGUAUCCCAAGUUUGAGAGUUUGGAGGAGGAGAGGUUGUAUCGGAAGCAACAUCUCGCUGCUGCUUUUCGGGUAUUUGCGGAACGCGGGUUCGAUGAAGGUGUUGCUGGGCAUAUCUCUGUCCGUGAUCCGAUUUUGACGGAUCAUUUUUGGCUUAAUCCGUUGUCGCAACACUUCUCACAGAUUUGUGUCAGUGAUCUUAUUUUGGUGAAUGAGGGUGGUGACGUUGUGAUUGGUGACGAGCCUAUCAAUGCAGCUGCUUUUGCAAUCCAUUCCGAAAUCCACAAAGCUCGACCAGAUGUCCAUGCAGCAUGCCACGCCCAUUCAGUCUAUGGCAAGGCCUUCUCAGUUUUCGGCAGAGAGUUAGACAUGAUCACCCAAGACUCUCUCCGUUUCUACAAAUCUCACGCCGUAUACGACAACUUCGGGGGCAUCGUCCUUGACCGCGAAGAAGGUAUCCGGAUUGCAAAGUGUCUUGGCAAUGGAAAAGCAGCGAUUUUGCAGAACCACGGACUUCUGACGGUGGGUCAGACUGUGGAUGAAGCCGCGUUCUGGUUUAUGAGUCUGGAUAAGACUUGUCAUGCUCAGUUGCUGGUUGAUGCUGCUUCGGCUGGAAGUGGACAUAAGAAGAUCUUUAUUGGGGAUGAGGAAGCUGCAUUUACUUAUGAUCAGGUAGGAACUCCAGCGAAAGGAUGGCUGGCGUUUCAGGGGUAUUAUGAUGAGAUUUUGGCCAAGACUAAUGGUAACUUUUUGAAGUGAGGGGUGGAUGAUAUUGAGAAAGGAACUAGGAACGAGAGAAAAGGGAGUCGUUUCAACGGAAAGCUAGCUCUGAUUGGCUGAGUCAUUUCUCUUACUUCUGUGUGAACCUGUUCCUCGUCGUAUGUCUAUCUAGGCCUGCAUAGCCUGGGUACCUAGGUAGAUACCUCUGUCUUUGUACCCCGUAAUCAGAAUUGUUCUCCUCGAAUCGGAGUCGCCAU